CACGCGCGCGCGUGCUAUCCACCUCCCUGAAAAAGCUUACUUCUCUUGCCCUCUCGUUGUGCCUCUGCAUCGUUGUCGCCAUCCACCGUGCCGCUCGCCGUACCUCUAUUGUCCCUCCGUCGUCACCGUGGUCGGCUGCCUGGGUUUUUUGGUGGUUCAAGUUCGCUUGGUUCAUCUGUCGUACAUAUGGGUUUUUUGGUUAGUUUCGAAACGAACACGUUGCAAAGCCAAAGCGUAUUUUUUACUUCAGUCAAGUCUUGGCGGAAUCACUUUCAGGUCCGAUUCCUCGUCCCAAACAAUACAAUAACCCAACCCAAGCGAUUCGAUUCAAUAACACAACACGCACAUUGGAUUCCUCGUCCCAAACCCUAAUCCCCAAUUUCGAUUCCAAUUCCAACGAGAUCCCAAGUAACACAGCAGAGCCCUAAAUCCAUGUUCAACUCCCCUGGCCUUUCUCUUGCACUUCAAAGUGAUAUAGAUGGAAAAAGGGAUGUGAACAGAUUAAUGCCCGAGAAUUUCGAGCAGAAUGGUUUGAGAAGGAACCGGGAAGAGGUGCAUGAAAGCAGAUCUGGCAGUGACAACAUGGAUGGUGGUUCUGGUGAUGAUUUUGAUGUUGUCGACAACCCACCAAGGAAAAAACGCUAUCACCGACACACUCAUCAGCUGAUUCAAGAGCUUGAAUCGUUCCGGAAAUGGAAGGCAAGACUGAAAGUCAUAUGACAUCAGCAGCAACCUUUGUGGAAGGGGGUUCAAGAAGCUUGUGAUGAUGCUUGCAGCAUAUGCUUUGAAGAUUUUUGCAAAAGUGAUCCUGCCAUUGUCACUAAUUGCAAGCAUGAGUUCCACCUGUAGUGCAUUCUUGAAUGUAUACUCAACUCAGCCUAGUGCACCACCAUCAGCUGCAGGAGGGGGAAGUGAACCAGCUGCAAUUGCUGUAGGAAGUCCAUCUACCCCACUUACAUUUGAUGGAAAUGAGCAAUCAUCACUACAGCAGAUCCCCUAUGUUCAAACUCGGAGUUCUUCUUUAACUUCUGCCUCUACUGCCGCAACAACAAAUCUUCAAGGAGUUCACUCUAAUGAUAGAAGUUUUGCCUCUCAUUCUUUUCCUGCAAGCCAAGACAGAGCACAUCCAUCAGAACAAUCACUCUCUGAUUCUCUGCGCUCCAGAUUUAAUGCAGUAUCCAUGAGAUACAAAGAAUCAAUUUCGAAGGGCACAAGGGGAUGGAAGGAGAGGCUAAUAUACUCUUAUCUCACAGUAUUUUAA